UUUAUAAUGUUCCGUAACCUUUCACCUUAUUGAAGUGACAACGUGAGAAGAUUCUGCAGAAAGCCGUCUUCGCAGUUUCAGCAGCUUUUCUUCCUCAACAGACCAACACAGUGCAUCAGGUGAACCAUGCUGUCCAGAAUAGGCCUGAAGUUUCGUGCAGUACAGCCCGUGGCUGCGAGAUGUUUCGGUACAGCUGCGGAGCCACAGUACGGGCCAAAAUCUGAGGAAGUCUUCAAACGGGAGGAACGAUACGGAGCCCACAACUACCACCCUCUGCCUGUGGCACUGAGCAAGGCCAAGGGUGUGUUUGUUUGGGAUGUGGAGGGGAAGCGAUACUAUGACUUCCUGAGUGCUUACAGCGCAGUGAACCAGGGUCACUGUCACCCCAAGAUUAUCCAGGCACUGAAGGACCAAGCUGAUAAACUGACCCUGACCUCCCGAGCAUUCUACAAUGAUGCCCUGGGGGAAUAUGAGGAGUUUGUGACCAAACUGUUUGGGUAUGACAAGGUUCUACCCAUGAACACAGGUGUGGAAGGUGGGGAGACCGCCUGUAAGCUGGCCAGGAAGUGGGCUUACAAUGUCAAGGGCGUGCCCGAGAACCAGGCACGGAUAGUCUUUGCCAACAAUAACUUCUGGGGACGGACGUUGGCGGCCAUUUCCAGCUCCACUGACCCUGACAGCUUCGCCGGGUUCGGCCCGUACAUGCCCGGGUUUGACCUCAUUCCAUACAACGACCUUGGAGCACUGGAGAAAGCUGUGAGCGACCCUAACGUGUGUGCGUUCAUGGUGGAGCCCAUCCAGGGAGAGGCUGGUGUUGUCGUGCCCCACGAGGGAUACCUGAGGGGUGUCCGUGAGAUCUGCACUAAACAUAAUGUGCUGUGGAUUGCAGAUGAGGUGCAGACGGGGCUGGCAAGAACCGGUCGCCGCCUGUGUGUGGAUCAUGAAGAGGUCCGUCCUGACCUGGUCGUGUUGGGCAAGGCACUGUCUGGUGGGGUCCUACCUGUGUCCUGUGUACUUGCUGAUGAUGAGGUGAUGUUGACCAUCAAACCAGGUGAGCACGGCUCUACCUACGGAGGGAACCCGCUGGCCUGCAAGGUCGCCAUUGCUGCAUUGGAGGUACUGGAGGAGGAGAAGCUGGCAGAGCGUUCGGAGUACCUGGGGCAGAUCCUGCGUGCCGAGCUCAGCAAGCUGCCCAGUGACAUCGUCACUCUGGUGCGAGGGAAGGGGCUGCUGAACGCCAUCGUCAUCAAGGACACUCCAGAGUUUGAUGCGUGGAAGGUGUGCCUGCGUCUCCGUGACAACGGACUCCUGGCCAAGCCCACCCACGGUGACAUCAUCCGCUUCGCCCCACCCCUUGUCAUCACCGAGGACCAGCUGAAGGAGUGCAUCGGCAUCAUCUCUGAUACCAUCUCCUCCUUCCGCCAGUAAAGUCCUGUACCGGCCGUCCACCAGAUAGAAAGAGGCAACAAGAGAACUUCUCAAAGAAAAGUGUUACUGAAUUUUCCACAAAGAAAAAAGAAAGAUCUGAUAUAUCAUGAUGUUGUGAAGUAUGGGUAGUGUCACUUGUGCCCUUAAACAGAUAGUAGUAUAUACUAAUUAGUUUGUUGUCGUAGAUGAAUAUAUCUUUGAAGCACAGAAUGAUGGAAGAGGUGAUUGACAUGAAGAGGUGUUGUAAAUACGUCUUCUCUACUGUGUUACUGUCAGGGCUGUGUUUCUGACCCAACACCAUGUACUGUCUUACUGUGAGAAAUUGUCAUUAACCUAGAUGCACUAUACAUGAACAUGUAGUUUUGAGGAUCCCUGCUUACAUGCAGAAAUCAAUGGUACUGAAGGUUCAAUGAAGAUAUAAUAAAUCUAAAUCUUUUAAGUUUUGGUUAUCAAGAAAUGAACAACUCUUUGUCAUUUAUAAAGUUGUGUAGAAAACUUUGCUGAUACAUGUGCAUAGAUAAUCACUGUGAAAUACAGAUUCUACCUGUGGCAAUACACCAGUCUUCUUUAGCCUGUGCUGUGUCAAAUGAUCUGCUGUCAGGGACCACAAUGCAUGUGAUGUUAGUUAGACCACAUCCUUCUUGUGCUGCAAUAAACCGUCUGUCAGGGUGUUAGGCUGGUAAAUCUGGAAUAUGUAAGGUUUUGGGGUGGAGUGCCAGACUGGAUAUCAAAGAUGUCAGUAAGAAAAGUACUUGUAGUAUUACAAAAAAAUCUGUAACAUGUUUAAACAGUGUUGGACAAGUCCGUAAAAGAGUACAGUGUAAUUUGUGAUGCACUAGAUGAUAAUACACAAAACUAAUUUAUGUUCCAAAAUUGAUUUUGGUUUUGAAUUGGCUCUCCUGUGGACUAAUAUGUUAGCCUGGGUACCAAAUCUAUUUGCAGAGAGGAUAAAGACUUGGAAGCAAAAGUAGGUUUGGUAACCAAGCUACAUGUACUAAUAUGGGUCCUUUGAGCAACUUCUCUUUUUUUUGAAAAAACAUACCAAAUUUGAGAUGUUGCAGAAAACAAACUAAAAACUGAAAAGCAAUCUAUUUUGUCAGUGAAAUAUUUUUUGUUUAUAUGAUGUUAAAUUUAUGUUUUACACUGUAAUCAAUUAUAUGGUGACCACAAUGCUUGUCUAUCCGGUGUUUAUUGGUGAAAAAUGUUGAAAAUGUGAGAUUAAGGUGUUUAUGGGUGAAUAAUGACAAAAAUGUACUAACUACUGAUGUGCCAGAACUGUCCAUAACUUUGAUGUAACUGGAGAUACAAACAUGACAGAAUAAAACAAACAGUUCAUGAG